GUCUUCUCAUCACCACAAGCAAAGAUGAGGACCAGAAGCUCAGACGCCAAAGCUGAUGCCGACCAGGCAAGCUCGUCCACCUCUCAUGGCCGCAAGAGAUCGUCGGACCAGACAGAGUUGGCAACAGAGCCCAAGCCCAAGCAGGCCAGGAAGAACAGUACCUCAAAGGCCAGGAGGACCAGUACCUCUCAAGCCAAAGCAUCAACUUCAUCGGAACAAACCCAGAAGCCGCGUCUCAGAACUCCGGAUCUCGAAUUUGACUACGAUCGGGAUAAGCUCCGGGACCCGCGGCCCACUCCGGGCCGUGUUAAGCGACCGCGACUUAGCGAUCAUGAAAUCACCGAGGAAUUCAAGCAGCGGUUCCAUAUCCCCAAGCCACGACCAAGAGAUUUUGAACAUGAAGCAUUGGCAGACCCCAGCGCUAUGUUCCACGAUCUUUACGUCUGUCACAAGAAGGGACCUAAAGGCUCGCCCACCUACGACUCGGCAGGCUUCCAGCUCGACUACGACAAGGUCGUCAAAUGGAUGAAGCCCAAAGCCUAUAACAAGAAGAGCAUGGUCAACGGUAUGGCCAGACACCUCGAGAAGCAAGAAAAGGAAGACAAAGCCAUGAUCGAGAGCUUCUUUGUGGAUGGCAAGGCCCCAGGCGGCAGAGCGGGCCAGUUUAUGGAUUUUCUGAGGGACCAUGUGUCAAAAGACCUAGGGGUCCCGUGGCAUCAGAUCAACUCCAAGCGCGUCAAGGAGUGGGAGAAGAAGGGGUUUGAAAAGAUUAAGGCGGAUGAAUGGUGGCAUGAGCCGAACGAGGAAGAGAAGAAGAGGUUCAUGAAGAUGUUGGAGGGCGAAAGUCUGCGCAAGGAUCUUUGA